GCGGCGAUUGGCCGACACUAGUGACUAGAACGAUGCCCUCUCGCGCACCGCACGGUCGUGCUACUACUUUUUUCGGCGUCGCUGUCGCUCGCGUACUCCUUCGCCCGUCGUGUAACGUUUCCUCUCGUCCCGUACCAAAAAACGUGAACGCUCUUUACUAUUCAUUUACAAAGAACAAAUAAAUAAUAAUAGUAAUAAUAAUAAAUAUUACACCCGCGAUAGUCAUUACUACUACUAUUACUAUUUACUAUUCACUAUAAUUAUUAUUAACUCGUUUAUUUAAUUAAAACAAUUUUAUUAUUGGAACGCAUAAUAUUGUAUUUUGUAAUUGAUAAGGAAAACGUCAACACUUAGCUAAUAAAAUUUUUUUUCUAGUGAAAAUUUUACGUCUAAUAUUCGUGUCUGUGUUACUAGUGUAUAAGUGUGUGGAUCGAUAAUCUAUAAAAAAUAAACCUACUUUGUUCUCCCUAAAGCCGUGGAUUACUUACAUCACCCGACUUUCAAGAUUCCUGUUUUAUGCAUCAAUUUGCCAAAGAAUAAACGGUCUUUAGCCUGAUGGUUACAAUAUGUGCAUCUAAUACAAAUGGUUCAAAUACUGUACAAAAAGAGGAGGAAGUAAAGACGGACAGAUCUAAGAGCUUAAUGGAUGAAAUUGUGUGUGCCACAACAGUUACCUUACCACCCAACAAAAGUUGUGGUGAUGCCUUGUCUUUAAGCACAGGAUGGUGUAAUGUCAUUGAUAAGGCUGAUUCCUCUGCUAUAACAGCAAGAAACAAAAUAAACGGGGUGGUAGUUGGAGGAGGAGCUGGCUCCCUCUGCCAUUCCCGACAAUCAUCAUCGUUUGUGUUGCAUUUGCCCACCAUCCCCCUGAAUUGGUCUGUGAUAUCCAGCUCAACAUUUAGAUUUACUAGAGAUCCUCCGUCCCAUCAACAAACACAGGAUUUGUAUGGUACGAUGGUAACUGCCAGUAACGUUGACAGUUCUACAAGGGGGGGAACUGGAAGACGAUCCCUGCUGGCUUGCUACUCUGGUGCUCACAUUAAAGAUGUUACUACUACUAUUAGUUUUAGGGUUAAGUCUAAUUGUUCAACAAGUGAUAAUGACAGUGAUGAUCAAAGCGCAAUGUACAAAACCAUUCCAUUUAACAAACUCUAUAUUGAUCCGAUUGCACAGUACAAACGAAAUUGGGGUAUAUCUGCCAUUUGUCGUUUAAUUGGAGGCGGAGAAACAACUCUUGCUUCUGGCAAUGGCACAGCUACAGCGGGUUGGGGAAAUCCUGGCACAACACCAGUACCCGCGUCUGUUACUGGUACUUCAAACUGGAAUACAAGCCCACUUGUUGAUGGCCAAUCGCCUCCCAAUGCUGUUUCAAAUGGUCCUUGGCAACAAAGUUCACAGUCCUCUAGUACCAGCUCAAAUAAUACUAGUCAAACAUCUAACAUAGGUAAUAAAGGACAAAAUUCAAGCUCUGCAUCAUCAAGCGGCAACAGUACUAUAUCUACAUCACAGCCAUCAAAUAACUCACAGAACACUACGUCGUGGGCUCAGGCAGCUGGUAAAAAUUUACCAGCUUCUUCAGGUCCUCAAGUAUCGGGAAAUUCAUCGUCCACCACUACAACAGCUAAUACUGUUUCCGGUAUAGCAACUAAUCCUCAAUCGAGCAAUUCACCACCUACAAAUGGUGGUAACGCAGCUGUAAAUCCUUCGACCAAACAACAAUUGGAACAAAUAAAUACAAUGCGAGAAGCAUUAUAUGCUCAAGAUGGUUGGGGUGGACAACAUGUUAACCAAGAUAGUCAGUGGGAGGUUCCACACAGUCCAGAACCAAAUGUAAAAGAUGGACCAUUAACUGGUUUGACUGGUGGACCCGGUUGGAGUAAGGUUAAUAACGGUACUGACUUAUGGGAAGCGACUUUACGAAAUGGUGGACAACCCCCGUUACAAAUUCCAGUUCAAAAUGCAUCAAAAACUCCUUGGGGUCAUACUCCUGCAUCUAACAUUGGUGGUACCUGGGGUGAAGACGAUGAUGUAAGCAGUGUAAGCGGAGUUGAAGGCGGAAAUACUGGUAACUGGGGUAUUAAUCCAACUGGAACAAUGGGUAAUCAGUGGGGUAAUCAAGGUCAACCUCCACCACAAGGGCCAGGAGGUCCAAUGUGGGGAGGUCCUCCUAAGAAAGAUAUUGGACCUGAAGGUCAGUCCUGGAAUUCUGGCAAUGCUGCAUGGAAUGAUCUCAAUCGACCACCAGGAGCCAUUGAUCAGGGUCCUCAUCGUCGAGAUAUCAUACCAAAUGGAAUUGUUGACCAUAGUCGAGGUAUUGGAAGUGAUGCACGUGGAGGUAUAAGUGGUCGUUUAAACGGUACAUUAUCUGGUGGUGGUGGUGGUGCUAUGGAACCCAUGUGGGGUGGACCUCCACCUCAUCAUUUGCACCAUGUCCAGCCUCCAGGCCCACCUCCUUCUGUUAUAGCAACCCCAGGUGCAAAACUAGGUCAAGGACCAGUGCCAGUAAUAAAUCAAUGGUCAGGGCCACCACCACCUAAAGAUUUAAAUCCCAUGAAUAACAACAACAAAGGCAGUGGAUGGGAAGAACCAUCACCCACAGACCACAGGCGAAAUUUAUUAAAUUAUGAUGAUGGCACAUCAUUGUGGGGAAAUGCACAAUCUAGGCCCAAUGUGCCUGGCGGCGGCUUAUUGAACACUCAGCAUAACAUGAAUAAGCAUUGGGGUAAAGCAGAUAUGGCUGCUGCGGUUGCAGUUGCGGCAGCUGGCCGAAAUAACGGUGGAUCAGGAAAUAUGGGCAGCCAAUGCCCUCCAGGUGUGCCACUUAACAGAGCUGGUAUGCCUCCUAAUAAAAUGGUCGAUCAACAGCUAUGGCCUGGAAACCCAAGAAACGGAUCAUGGGGUGAUGUUGGUGGAGGAGGAGGACCUCAUGAUAUAAAUGUUGGAGGUCCUUGGGGUGAAGAUAAAAUGGGUUUAGGUGGUAGUUCAGGAGGUCCUUGGCCUAACCCUGAAUGGGGACCUGGUCCAAAGUCCAAAAAUUCGUGGGGAGACUGUGCCACUAAUGAAAUGGACCCAUCUUCAUGGGGACAAAAGAAUGUUGGUCAAAAGAAUCAAAAUAAAGAACAGAAGUUCAGAAUCCUUUCUGAAUUGGGAAUUAAGAAAGAAGAAGUCGAAGCGGUUUCUCGCUCUUAUAACAUUGGUAUGGAAGAAGCAUUGGAAUUUUUAAUAACUACGAGAGCACCUGGAAGUGGUAAUUUAGAUUCAUGGAAUUCUCAUGGAGGUGGCGGCGGCCGUGGUCAACAUCCUGAUGAUCAAAAUCCAUUUGAUCGUUCCAAUAUCAAUCAACAACGAUACAAUUCCCAACAACUGCCUUUUGCUGUGCCAUCUAUUGGAAAUAAUUCUAAUCAACAGCAAGCUAUGCUACAAAAAUUAUUAACUCAACAACCACCGGCACAACAAAAUUCCAUGCAACAGCAAUACUCUCAAGGUGGUUCACGCCAAAUGCCUACUCAACCAACCGCACAACAGUUGCGUAUGUUAGUGCAACAAAUUCAGAUGGCUGUUCAAGCUGGUUACUUAAAUCAUCAGAUAUUGAAUCAACCUUUGGCGCCACAAACUUUAAUUAUGCUAAAUCAACUACUACAGCAGAUCAAAAUUUUACAACAGAAUGCUCAGAUACAAGCAGCUAUUGGUAAUAAUCAAAAGUCAGGUCCUGCAAUGAUAUCAGCAGCGAUUGCUAUGACAAAAGCUCGUCAGCAAAUUGCCAAUUUACAGAAUCAAAUUGCCAACAACCAAGCUAUGCACAUGAAAGCACAAGCACAUCAAAACCAGUCUAAUUUUACUGGAUUGUCUGGUUUAAUGAGUGGACAAGGUGGUGAUUUCUUCAAAAAUGAUCCAUUGACAUUGCCACUUUCUGGAUUUUCAGAUCUUUCACUUAAUAAAGAUUCUCAAAUUAGUGGGCAAGGCUUCCAAACUAGUCAGCAGUCGCGUUUGAAUCAAUGGAAGUUGCCAAAUUUAGACAAAGAUGAUUUAGGAAUGGGCAGUGAAUUCAGCCGUGCUCCCGGUGCUAAUUCUAAAUCAACUCCUGGAAACAAUUCACCUACAUUUAAUUCGUUGCUUAACCAAGGAGAUGGAACCUGGACUAAUGUUGGAGCUCGUUCAGAUAGUGGAUGGCCGGACAAUUCUGAGGACAAUAAAGAAGGAUGGCCUAAUAAUGGAUCAAAUCCUCAAUCCAAUUCUGCUUCGUCUGCUUUCACUGAUCUUGUGCCAGAAUUCGAGCCGGGAAAACCAUGGAAGGGAAAUCAGAUGAAAAAUAUUGAAGAUGACCCAAAUAUUACUCCUGGAUCUGUAGUACGCAGUCCACUAUCUUUAGCAGCUACAAUCAAAGACCCAAACAAUUCAGAUUUGUUCAAUAGCGGUGAUAAAACAUCACCGACUAAUUCUCAGUCUGCUGUUGAUAUUCCAUUGACUCCACUUUCACUUUCAUCUUCAACCUGGAGUUUCAAUCCUCCUCCUUCCACACAGUCUUCAUUUGCCAGUCCUUUGGGAAAAGUGAGCGGUUCAAAAAACAAUUGGACUGAUGGUAACUCUGGAAAUGAUCUCUGGGGAAGUGUUCUAGGAUCUAGUGGUAAGUCUCGUGGUCCACCACCAGGCUUAACCGGUGGCGCAAACAAAACUGGAAAUCCUCCCAACAGUGGUUGGCCCAGAUGGCCUUCAAACAAUACAUCAUCUUGGCAGUCGUCGUCUAACAAUGUAGCAAGCACUUGGCUUCUACUUAAAAAUUUAACACCACAGAUUGACGGAUCAACAUUGAAAACUUUAUGUAUUCAACAUGGACCUUUGUUAAAUUUUCAUAUGUAUUUAAGCCACGGUAUAGCAUUGGCCAAGUAUUCAUCUAGAGAAGAAGCUAGCAAGGCUCAAGGAGCGUUGAACAAUUGUGUGCUUGGCAAUACGACAAUAUUCGCAGAAUCUCCUACAGAUGCAGAAGUACAAUUGGUACUGACACAUCUAAGUGGUGGCGGUGCUGGUAAUGCAGGUGGCAAUAAUUCUGUACAACAGCAACAGCAGCAACAACAACAACAGCAGCAGCAACAACAACAGCAGCAACAGUCAAACUGGAAUAAUAGCCGCAAUAAUAAUGGUAGCAAUUCUCAAGGACAACAGGGUUCUGAUACUUGGACUAAUAGUCAGUUAUGGGGAGGCAAUAAUUCUGGACCAACUGGUAAUUCCUCAUCUCUAUGGGGAGCUGGAGCUGAUCAAAUAGAUCCACACCGCACCACCCCAUCUUCUCUGAAUUCGUUUCUGUCUGGUGGUGACCUUUUAGGUAGUGAAACUAUGUAAAACAAAUCUGACAUAACAUUUAUGUAACUGUACACGUAUACGCAUAUAUACAUGUAUAUUAUAACACUGAGUCCAAACUUUAAUGACAUUUUAUAAUAAGGUCUUAGAACACCAUGAACACUUAAUCGACUUAUUUAUUAAGCUUAAACAAAUCGAGCCAAGUUAUAUUUUAGAUAUUAUAUAUAAUUUUAUUCUGCUUGCCAUUCGACUCUGGGUAAUCGUCUUGGCAGCGCACCUAUAACUUUUUUUAAGACUUAAAUGUUUUUAUUUUAUUAAUUUAUAAUGUGAGUUCUUCUUUUAUUUUUAAUUGUAUACUACCAAAGUAAAUACGUUAUAAAUUAAUUUUAAUAUUUAGUAGUUUUGUGACUUAGAAUUAAGACGGUUACGGGGUGUUUUUAAUUUAUGAAUGAGAUUUUUAGUGAUUAAUUUUAUCAUGUUCACCAGCUACAAUUAUAUAUAAAUUUCUUCCUAUGUUUUAUUUUUUUUGGUUUUUUUUUUUUUUUAUAAAAAAAAAAUUUAAUUCAAAUUUAUAAUUAUAAUUUGUUUUAGAAAUAGUGUUAAUCUUAGAGGUCUAAAAUAUUAUAUAUAUAUUUAAAGUAAAAGACGAAAAGGAAAAAAAAAAGCACGAAGAUUAUUGUCCAUGUUGUUAUUAUUGUUGUGUUUUAAAUUAGAUAGUUAAGUACAAAAAUAUUAUCUUCCCUAUAAAAAAAAAAUCUAAAAAUUUGUAUAUGCGCAUGUGUUUGUAUAUGGGCCCUCAUGUAUUUGAAUAGAUUGUUAUUAGUACAAAAACAGUAUUUCGUGUUAAAGACUUAAGCAAGACCAACCAUACAAUUGUUGCCUAAUUUUGUUUUUUUUUUUUGUUAGUUUUUAAUUUCUUAGAUUAUUUAAUGUUAGGAAAUUUACAAUUUUACCUUGUAGCAUUUAAUCAAUUUUCGGGCAUAUCUUUAAUUAAAAACACAAUUUUAAAGAAUUGAAGUUAGUUAAAAAAAAAAAAUAGUUUAAUAAUUUUAAAAUCUUCUAAUUAAUUUAAAAAUCAAACACGGAGUAAUAGAUUUUUUUUUUGACUGCUUAAACAUAAAAUUAAGACUGAUUACUUUAAAGAGAAUUCAUAUACACACGUACACACACAUACGCAUACGGAAUGUCGAAAAAAACAUUUUCAGUGAUCAUUUGUAAUUUUUUGUUUUUAUUUUAGCUUUGUGUUAAAAUCGGUUAAUUCUAAAUCCAAAUUUUAAAGACUUAACAUAUAAUUUAUUGGGAAAAAAAAUUGUAAAAAAAAAUAUAUAUUUAUGUUAUACAUACAAUAUUCCAAUAAAUAAUGUUUUUUUUUCAUGCACAAUAACAUGAUCUCUACAUACAAUCAAUUUUGUUGCAAUAUGAAAUAUGUUAAAAAUGUUCACAUUAGCAAUAUUUUAAACAAUAAUUUUUUUUUUUUUAAAUAUAUUAUGUUAUGUUGCAGAACAAAAAUAAAUGUCAAUUAGUUCUUAACAAAAUUUUUUCCAAAAUAAUCUAAUAAAUGAAAUCGCCAGUUAAAUUUAGUUUAGCCGUAGAUCUCAAUAUCUGUUGGUUUAUUAUUAAAUUUUGUUUAAGUAUUAUAGAGUAUUGUGGGGGUAAAUAACGUCGUUUUGGAGAAACAAAAUCCCAAAAGUACCAUUUUUAAACACAUAUGUUGAUAAUUUUAAGAUGAUUUAAAACCAAUACGCUUCAUGUGAUACAUAAAAUUGUUAACAAAAAUAAUGCUUAUCCUUGUACUGUGAUCUAUAAAUAUGAAUUUUUUAUUAUUAUUAUUAUUAUUAUUUAUAUUAUUAUUCACUACAAAUUAAUAAUUUCCGACUGAAAAAUUUCAUCACCAGUUUUUUUUUUGUUCUGUACUUCCAUAUUUUUUCAAAUGUGCCAUUAAACUACAAUUAAAUUAAAUUUACUUAAUUUUAAUAUCUAAUACCUAAUAAAAAUAAAUAAAAGUUGUAUCUACAAUUUUUUGUUUGAUCUCCAAUUAAAGUGUUCUUUUCUCUUACACUUCUUUAUUUUUAUUUUACGGCACUUCAAUAAUAUAUAAUACUUUAUUCAUUAAAUACACUAAAAAAAUAAAUAAAUAAGUGGACAGUGAUACUAUCCCAAUUGUUUAUACAUUUAAGAUUGAUUGUGUUCAGAAGGCAAGUAGAUAUGUCUUCCAUAGGUAUAAAUUUAAUUUUAUGGUAAAAUAUGAGUAUCUUAACUUGUUUAUUAUUAUUAGUUAUUAUUAUUAUUAUUUGAGGUGGUGUGAUGCACUUCGCACUAUUGUUAAGUCUUAGAUAAUUUUUAAACACACGAAAAACAUCUGUAGAAAAAUUGUCUUUUGCCAAGUAAAACCAAAAAGUAAUAUUAACUAAUCAUGUUUAUUUUAAUAAUAUUAUAUUAUAUAAAUAUUUAUAUAUAUAUUUUUUUUUGCUAAAAUUGAAAAUUAAAAAAAUGUAAAAAAAAAUAUUAAUGUGUGGUUAAUUUUUAGUCAAUAGUUUUUUAAGCUACAUAACAAUAUUUUAAGAUAAUUUGUCACAAAUGUUAACUACAUAAAAUCGUCCUUCUAUUUUAUAGAUUAUAAUAAUUGUAAUUACUAAUUAUAUUUAAUAAUAAUUCUUAUAAAGUUAUUUUACAUAAUGGAAUUAUUUUCUAAGAUAAGGCUUAGGCUUAAUUAAGAUUUGGGGUUGUGGGGGGUUUACUUACAUAUAUAUAUAUAUUUAUAUAUAAUUCUAGUGAUAAUAUUCGCGUUUUCGUUGUAACGCACUGUGAUCACGUAAUUACCACAAGAAGUAUAAAGUAAAAUAAUCAAAUACUAUGAUAACAAUAAUAAUUAUGUUAAAACGAAUAUUGUAAUGUAACACAACCACUGCUCACUUAUUUUUUAUAUAAAAACAAAAUCCAUUCAUAAAAUAAAGUUAAUUAAUAGCUACUAUUCUCUUAACAUUUUUGCCUCCAACAAAACAACAAGGCAAUAACCACAUUAUUUGAACAAUUUCCUCCUUGUGUGUAUUACCAAAGGUCAUCAUCAUGUAACAACAUCUCGAAUGCUCUGACAUUGUCUUUCGUUAGCCUUACCAUACUAAUACUCAAUUUCACAAGAAACUGUUCAACUGGUUUAAAAAUAUUUGGUUUUUACCCCCUGCCCCAACCUUCAUCACUGUAUAUUCGUUUCUCAACUCAAAACAUUCGUUUAGUAAAUUGUCCGUGAAUCUUCGGGUUUUGUAUUUCCUACUGAAUUAGUCUGACCCGCAUCAUUCGCAUAACACUUAGCCAUUCACGAGUGCAUUCCUAAACAUUAUUGUCUUUUUAAAAAAAUAAUAAUAAAUCACUCGAUUAUGUUUUGUCCAUUUGUUUUUAUUACUCUUUAUUAAUACAACACAUACAUAUAUGAUAUAUGUAUAUUAUUAUUAACUAUUCUUUAGUUUAUUUUGUGAAGUUCCUUGUUUGGGUGAUAACCUCAGCAGACUUGUAAAAAAAAAAAAGGCUAAAUUCUCAUUAAUCCCUUUGGUUAUAUUUAUCUCGAAUAAAACUAUAAUCACCCGUUAUGCGUAAGUGUGUAUGUGUGUGUUAAAUUCGUUGUACUCUUAAAACCACCACACUAAUAAAUGUAAUGGGGAAAAAUAUUUUUCUUAAUCAAAAAUAUACAACUAUCUCUUAAAUUAUAUAUGAAAUAUGGGAUUUAUAAUUUUUUGUCAUUUCAUUAAUGUUUAAACUGUUAUUUUAUUAUUUUCUGUAUCUUUAAUAAUACAUGUAAGAUCCAUCAUUUUACCUAUUUGGUAUGUCAAAUUCAUAUCGAAACACACAUUUGUGAUUUAAGUGCCACGAUGUUCAAUUAGUAAAUAUAAAAGAAAAAAAAAUGUAUGAGAAUUUAAAAACGAGUGUAAUAUUUGUGAAAAAAAUUAUUUUUAAGUGAAAAGUUAUAGUUUUUUUUUUUUUAGUUAUUAUUUAUUUUUAUUAAUUUUGUUAAAAGCCUUGUAGUCUAGGAGCCUAUUGACAGGGGGGUGGGGGAUGGUAUUACCAUGAGACUGAUUUCUAUGAAGAUUUUGCUAGGGGUGUGGUGUUCGUGUUCGAACGACCAAUGCGCAUUGAUUGUGUGUCACUAGGUUCUUUAUUAAAUUAAGAAAAUUAAUUAAUUUUUUGCAUAUGAAAAUAAAUAAAUGCAUAAGGCAACUGGGGUUAUGAAUACGCUUGUUAACCAAAUGCUGUGGCCACCCUUCCUAGAUUGUGUAAUAAUUAGUGUUUCUGAAGUAAUAUACUAACAUAUAAAUGAUAAUCAAUAUAAUUUUUGUUAUAAAUAAUUAUAUGAGCUAGAGAUUAGGACUUUGUUGCGUAAUUUUGAGCUUGAAUUUUUUUCUCUUUGUUUUUAGAUAACCCGGGGGGAGAAGGGUACUUUGCUAAUAUUUUCUUAUAAAAUUCAACUAGUUGUACUUGUAACUUUUGUGAUUAAUAUCAACAAUAAAUAAAAUAAUUUUUAAAAUCUGUUAAUGUUUAUUAUGUCGUAUAUUUUUUAAUCUUGGGGUAGGUCAUUUUUUUUUUGUUUUGCACAAAUGAAAAUUUUAAUGCUAGCCAGGUGUGUUCAUGUGUACGACAAAAAAAAGGUAAUUGUACUUGUUUUGUUGAACAAUAAUAACAAUCUGUUAUUUGUAUUUCAAUUAUUUUUAUUAUGAGAAUUGACCACUGCCCCAUUUCGCUGGUUACCCAGUAUAAUAUAUUUAUGACAAUGUUCUGCUUACAAAUAUAUAUUCGAUCACUAUAGUGUGUACUUACUCGUGACAUUUAUUAGAAUACUUUAAUUGUUGACAAAAUGUGUAUAAGAUGCGUUACCAACACUUAAAUGACUACCCUCUAAUUCGUUUUUUUAUUUCUUAAAAUUUUCCAUGUUUAAACCAAGUGAUUUAUUAUUUACCAGUACCACCAUAUGUUACUAUACAUACACGACGUGUGCUUUGCUGUAAUUUGUUUUUUAUAUAUACCCAUACAAAUAAAAAUAAUAUAAUAAUAUUCUAUUUCCUAUUAAAAAUAGUUAAUUGUCUUAUUGCUGUACUACUAUUACUACUACUAUGUAUAUUAUAAUAUUUAAGUCGAAACUGUGACAUGCGUUUUAAUCUACGAAUCGAGUCUGUGAAUGUAUGAUUAAUUAUAAUUAAAUAAUAUAUUAUGUUAUUCCGAAGAUACUAAUAACGUUCUCAUGAACCAAGAGUCAUUACGAGCAAAGAAAAGACUUUAAACAAUAUUAAGAGUAUUUAAUAAUUAUAAAAUCUACUAUACUAUGUAUUGAAAAAAAAAAAAUGAAAAAAAAAUAUAUUUAAUCAUAUAAAACUGUUAAAAACAUACCUAAACUAGUCCAGUUUGUUUGACGCGUUACCAACAGAGACAAUCAGUGGAGUUUGACGAAAGGAGAAUUUAAAACUAACAUUUUAAAUACUAGGCGACCACCUACUAUACCUAUGUUAACGACCAAACAUAUUUCACUCCUUUAGGUUUUACAUAUCUGACUAAUUAUUAAAUGAUGAUUUUAUUCAAUAUGCAGCGUAUGUUAGAAAAAAAACAUCUGUUGGUAACCAUUAAGUAUGCUUUGUUUAUAAUGUGAUUUCAUCGUCGGUUAGACUGAGAUAAAAAAAUUAAUUGUUUUUAUAUUGUUGUUGGGUUUUAUAAAAUUAAAGGAAAAACAAUUUUUGUGUGCGCAAUGAAACUAAUACCAUUUUAUUGAAAUCUCAUAUCGUUUAAAAUACAUAUAUAUUUUAACGUAGGUAAAAUUCACUACUAUCUGGACGUUAUUUCAUCAAUAAUAAAAUGUAUUCAUAUUUUUAAGUUUUCAUCUUAAUUUUGCUCAAAAAAAAAAAAAAAACUUUAGUAAUCAUCUUUGUGCACCAUGAUUCUCUGAUUUUAGUGGUAUUUCGAAGAGUCUGUUAAUCAAAUAUUUUUUCUGCGGUUUACCAAAAUACAUUUUUUAAUAAUAUUAUAUUGUGUUUAUAAUAAAUAAUAAUAAUAAUGAACAGGGUUGACGUUAUUAUAUGUACCGAUAUAAAUUAAAAAAUUAGAAUUUUUAUCCUCCACUUGCUUAUUUCAUUAGUUGGGUAGACGGUUUCUCUUCGGCGUUGGCUUCUAAAAAAACUCGUGACGAGUGGCUCAAAUUGAUUAAAUAACCAUGUAGAGAAAUACAUAAAAAACACCAAAAAAAAAAAAAAAAAAUUGUGAUAUCGUAAACAACUAUUGAAUAGUGUGCCUUGUAAGAAAAAUUAGUUUCUGGUGAAAUAAAGAAGUGUUAAGUAAAUACACGGUGUGUGGCCCAGGGUUUUUCGAGAAAAAAGAUAUGUUGGAAUUAGGUGCUAAAACCAAUAAUAUUUUGUUUCUAGGUAUGUGACGCUAUAAUGCAUUUUGAUUUCAUUCUCCUCUAAUCAUUACCCGUCUUCCGUUUUUUUUAACACUUUUUUGAGCUCUUAAAUUCGAAUGUGUGCCUUAAUAAUAUAAUAUGUUAAUAAUUGUCCGUAGUCGUCCAGAAUUUCCCGAAUCGAUAAAUUAUUUAAUAAAUAUUAGAAAUGUUAUUAUAGUAUAUAUUUUAGCUACUUGAUCUGUGUAAAAUAUGUUAUAACUAUUGAUAAAGAAAUUGACCAAGAAAAAAAAAUCGAAGUAUUUUUAUUUUGGAAAUUUGUAUUUGCCAACGCCGUUGUAGAUUAUACUUCUCCCCAGCCUUUUUUAAAGAAAGAAAACAAGAAAUGUAUUCAAACGAUGUUAAUACUAAUAUUGCUUUGUUUUUGUUUUAUCUUUUGUUUUUAAUUUAUAUAUAUAUAUAUUAUUUUUUUGUGUGCCGCUAGUUGUAUUUAACAUAAUAUUUUAAUAUAAAUAAUAUCUCUAGUCAUACCUAGUGGUUAAAAAAACACGAAUUAAAGAGUAAUAAUGCCUUAAUCUGUGUUUUUUUGUAUUUUCUAAGUCUUACGAUUAUAAUGUAUUAUUAUUAUUCUAUGAUUUAUGCAAAAAAUAUUAUGUAUGAGUAAUAAUAAUUGUUUGUAUUUUCAUUAUGUAAAACAGUCACGGGACGUGCGUAGAGUUUAAAUACCUAAUAAAAACCAACGUGUUAAUUAUAAUUAUUGUAUAUGUUGUAGUAGUGUACCUACGUACUAAAUUUGUUUAUAAAAUGAAGUCGGUUAAUUAAUAAAAUAUGGUGAUGGAAACUUGGAAAAAGACAAAAUUCGUGUCGAUAAUAAUGAUAAAUAUAUAUACAUAUAUUUUGUUUGUUUGUUUGAUUUUUCUUUUCGGUUUUUUGACAACCACAAUUACAACUAUAUAUUAUGUACUGUAAUAAUAAUUAAUCUAUUUCAUGUUUUAUAUUUUUAAUAAUAAUAAUAAUAAUAUUGUAAUAUAUUUGGGGAAAAAAAUCGAGUAUUUGAGACUUAUUGUUAAAAAGCGAAAUCUCAUCGUUCACUGCUGAUAUUUUAUCAUAAAAAAAAUAUCGUGCGCUUCAUAAAUAUAAAAAUACAAUUGUAUGGCAUUUCGACCAGUUUUUAUGUGGUCUUUUAGUGAUAUUUUGUUUUAAUUAGAAAGAGACGUACAAGUGUAUUUUAAACUAUGAUGACGAUAAUAAUAAGAAUUUAAAAAUAAUAAUACGUGUUUUACCAAGUAAUUAAUAAAUGAUCAUUAUUCAACUUUUCUUUUUUAACCAUCUAAUAUUUUUUUGUAUCUGGCUGUUGAAUUCGGAUCGAAUUUCAUUUCACUUAAUGUCCUCUAGGUGCAACUGGCCUGUACAACAUAUUAUUAUUAAACACAUUGUUUACCUUACUACAUUUGUGGUUUUAAACUUUUAACUAUACAAUUAUUAAGUAAAAUACGUGGUUUUAUAUCUUAGCCAAGACCAAAAUUAGAACGAACAUUUAUAUUAGUUAUAAAUAUAUUAUUAUUAUAACUUAAAUAUUAUUAACGUGUAAGGAUUAUAUUUAAUAAAUAAUAAUGUAAGUGUAUUAAUUAUUAUAAUUUUUGAGGAAAAUUGAUGUUUACUAGCUGUUGUACGUGCAAUAUAGGUAUAUUGCUUUCUCUCUUGGUUAUAAUAAAAUGAGAUUUAUCUUAGCAAAUAUUAUUAACCCAUUUUGAUUGUUUUGUAAUUAUUCAUAUUUCAAUAAAGGUUGUAAUUAAUUUUGUGUGUA